AUGGCUCAGCGAUAUAUCUCGAACAACCUUCCAGCUCAGAGCUUAGGUUCAGAUCCCAAAGAGCUCCUCACAUAUGCUCUUGAACUUGUCGUUCGACACACUCCACCUCGUCAAGUCUACCAUGAACGCCAUCUCGGCGGUCUCUUCACUGGAUACACUGGCCUUGCCUACAUGUUCCUUCAACUCUCCGAGCUGCAUCCGGAUCUCACCAUCUCUGGCCAAACCCUGAUAUCCUGGGCUCAGCGUUACCUUGAAGGAGACCGAGGGCAGCUGGUUCUGGAGAAGGGCAACUGUGGCAUCUCUUCUGAAAAGUUGUCAUUCGAAGCAGUGCGAGCGUGCGUGACAAAGGAUGACGAUCACUUGAUAACCUUCCUUAGCAACAUACCAAUACUUCUCGGCCCAUACACGAGUCCACAGGAAGAUGCCUUCCCAUCAGAGAUCCCAUACGGACGGGCAGGCGCAUUAUACAUGCUGCGUAUGGUGAAGCACUGGGUCCCAAGGAGCGAGACUCUGAUCGAAUCUCCGAUUAAGCGGCUGACAGAGAGAAUCAUGGCCACUGACGAUGAUGGAAGGGGUAACUGGGAAUGGCAUGGGAAACGAUACUUCGGGGCUGCCCACGGUGACAUGGGUAUCAUCACGCAGCUUGUUCUCUCAAACCCGUCGCUCGCUCCACAACUAACCCGACGCCUCGAGAAACUUCUCGAGCUUCAGCUUCCUGACGGAAAUUGGCCGUCGAACUUGCGCAGUCUGAAAGAAGGAAAAAACGCAAGUCUCGUCCAGUGGUGUCAUGGAGCCCCUGGCUUCUUGUACUCGCUGACAUCCAUACGCUCGUACUUCCCAGAUCUACAUGACCGUAUCGAGUCAGCCAUCGAAAAGGGUCAGAGCAUAACUUGGAGACAUGGCCUGCUCACCAAAGAGCCGUGCUUGUGCCAUGGGAUUUUUGGAAACGCAUUGGUACUCCCUCGCGGGCCCAAACGACAGCAUUUUCUCGCUCUGGCUACGGCAGAUGCGGUGGAGAGAGUGCGUCGACAUGAUCCGAAUCUCUUUGAACCUGCGUCCUACGGUCACAAAGCCGCAGUCCUCAUGAAUUACUUACCGAGUGCCGCGUGGACAUGGGCUGUUUGCGACCAGGAGCACCCUCGGCUUAUCAUGUACAAUGAUGUGUAG